AUGUCUAAUAACUUGAAUAAUCCUGGCACACCUAGAACUCCUGGGAGAGCUAGAGGAAGAGAAUUUAGGCCAAGAGAACCCUAUACACAUCGUUUACGUAAAAUUCUUGAAGAAUAUCCCGAUGGUUCACAAGUUCUUCGUGAAAUCCUCCAGAAUUCUGACGAUGCAAAAAGCACUGAACAAGUUUUCAUUUUGGAUCGUAAUACUUAUCCAUCAGAUAGUUUAUUUGAACCCGACCUGGAGAAUAAUUAUCAAAGGACGAGUUUGAAACUUGACAGAUAUCAAGGUCCUGCAUUAUUGGCAAAAAAUAAUACCAUUUUUGAAGAGAGAGAUUUUCAAUCUUUGUUGAAAUUGGCUGAUAGUGAAAAACGUGAUCAAUUUGAUAAGAUCGGAGUAAUGGGCGUCGGUUUUAAUUCAAUUUAUCAUAUUACCGAUUCUCCUUCUUUUAUUACUGGUGAUAAUUACGUUAUUCUUGACCCACAUGAAUGGUACUUUG